GAUUUGUGCCUCACAUCCACGUGGUAUCGUGAUGGCAGAGGACGACCCGUACAAUUUUGAGAUCGAAAUCCCCGGCAAUAAGAAGGCCUUCAAAUCUCGCAACGAGAGUGACAACGACGAUAGCAAGGACGAUGACGACAACAGUGACGCCAUGUCGUCGCCGUCGCCCCACAAAUCCUUAAAAGGAGGCAAGAAGCCAGCCAAGCAACCCGCCAUCGCAUCCAAGUCCAAUGCGUUGGACAAAGCCAAGAACUUCCUCUCCAAAUACUCGACAAAACAAACCACCCCCGCAGCAAAAUCCCGCGCGCGGGUGCAGUUAAGUGACGACAGCGACAGCGACCAAGACCCGAAACGCAAAUCAGUGACCAAGAAACCCGUCGAAGACUCGAUGGACGACUUGUCGGACGUGGCAUCCAGGCGCGCGCCCAACGACGAGUCUCUGGGAGACAUAAGUGGUCUCAGCGAAUUCGACGAAAGCGCUGACAACAUACGCGCAAAGGCGAAACCUAUGGUCGCUGAUUCCAUAAAGCCAGCCGCAGUCGCUAAUCCGGUGACGGCUACACCAAGUGGAUCUACUUCGCAUCAGCAUUCAAACGACUCCGACGACAGCGAGCCUAAACCACCAGUCGUAAUGCAAACUGUAGCCAAGGCCAUGCCUAUUGUCUCAUCUGACAAUCAUGUUGCACCCGUGUACAAGACGGCUCCUCUUGGUGUGACAGUCCAAGAUGAAGACUACAGCGACAUUGAAGACGAAGUUGAGUCUAUCGGAGAGGUCGCCACCCCCAAGCUCAAACAAAGCCUCGCUACAAUCCCCACCCGUUCUGCAACAUUCAGCCCCCCCCUUGUUAGCACUCCUGCGACUACCCCUCAACCAGUUCAGUCGUUCAAUUACUCGAUGGAUUUCUCCGACGACGACAACGAUACCAAGGUUGCAGCAAGCCCAGUAGUUGUUGCCGCCCCAUCACCUCUGGUACAAACAAGAGCUUCCCAUUCAGACAACGACGAGUACUUGGACGAAUCGUUUGUCCAAUCUCAAUCCCCCCACAAAAUAACGUUGCCCCCCCCUUCGUCAAUGGCAUCACCGUCGCCAUUGACCACCACCGCCACGUACAAUCCCCCUGCUGCCGCAGAAGACGAGUACUUGGAUGAGUCCUUUGCAGACGACCACCCCCGUGCAGAGAUGCCAACUUUGAAUGACCAGAGCACUGAACCAACUGACCAUGACGCAUCCAGUGAGUUUGGUGACGACGAAGACGUUGCGUCUAUCGCACCAGUUGAAGCCACAACCGCCCCAACUCUAUCAUCUGCAGAAGCCACCAAGAUGGUCAGUCCAAACGCGGACGAGUCCACUGCUUUCAAAUCCGCACCGAAUCACAUGGCCUCGAAAUCUCACGCUCUCGAUGGUUCCGUGGCCAACAACCAUACGAGGCAAGCCGAGCGUGAGCAACAGCGUGAAGCCUGCGACUCCAGGGACCCUACGCCUGGACCACCCCCUGAAAAUGACCAUUACAGGACAACACCACAGCCAAGCGUGCGGCGCAGAGUGGAGAUCGUCCGGGAAUACGAGCACGGUCCGCGGACAAAAGUCGAAAUGAAAGACGCGAGCACGCAAUUCACUGGCAACCACGUACUCAUCCAAGCCGACUUGAAUCCGCAUCGUCAAGGCGGUGCUUGCAACGACACCACAGCACACUUCCAGUCCCCCCCUCCUUUCUCAUGCCACACCAGCCCAAAAGCCCAGCCGCCCGUCGAACCAACGACAGACUCAACGCAACCGCCACCAGAUCCUAAUGCUCCGGUGGACAGCCACGGCAUGAUGGGGACCUUCAUGGAUGCCACCAUGGCUAGUGUGAACACGACCCUGUCGACCUCCAUGUACAGACAACAACUGCAACAUAUUCAAACUCAAAUCCGACGAAAACGACUUGAAUCGGAGCGAGUGAUGCGAGAAGCCAUGGCGUAUCGAUAUACGUCCAUGGACGCUGCGGAGAAGGCCUUAAUCGGCCGAAGAAGCUGUCGCUGUGGCAGGCGUUGAUGCAAGUGGACCCGCUUAUGAGCAAAGAACAGGCGAUGAAGAUCGAAGCCAUGUCCAAGUCGGCAUAAAGUCUAACGAAAGCUGGAUGUGUAUUCAUAUCUAGUUGAAGUCGCACGCGUCGUACACGCCGGGGAUCAUCGUGUUCAUCUUUUCAGCAAUGGCCAUGACGAUCCCGCUGCGGUACGACGAAAUUCCCUUGGACUUGAGCCAAUGCCAGAACGCAUCGCAGUGGGUGCGGCAGUCGAUGGGCUCGUCCGUGUCGUCUUCGUUGCGCUUGAGCAGCAUGAACUUGCCCAUGAGCUGGAACGUGUUGGUGAUUUGGUCGGCAGGGUCGUCGCCUUUCGCCAGGUUCUUCGCGGCGGCAGGACCAAUGCCAGGUACCUCCGUCAAAACACCCGUCAAAGGUGCACGAAGGAAGUCGGCCAACGUAUCGUCGGCAAUGCGCGACUUGGCAGGGUCAUAACCGUCGGACGACAUGCUUGCAGUGAGGAAGUUGGUGAAUGGGCUGCUGCAGAAUGAUCCGGUAUAUCCGGAUAACGGACUAGCGUGACUUGG